GAGAGAGAGAGAGAGAGAGAGAGAGAGAGAGAGAGAUGAGAGAUGCGCAAUCAGGAAGCGCUUCCGUCAUAGAGGUUUGAACACAUGAAGAAGCUGCAGUGAUCUGUGAAGAUGCCGCCGCAGAGAGUGUUCGCGCUUCCCCGUCAGAAGUCCCUGUUUCUACCGGCUGUCCUUAAUCCAUUCGUGCACGACCUUAAACUAACCAAAGCCGAUCAAGUCAAAUGUUUUCUUCUGGGAAUCAUCCUUGUGCCUCUCCGAUCCAUUUUCUUGAUUCUCGUCAUCAUGGUCAUGUGGCCAGUUGCUGCAAUGAUAACAUUCAGACAGCCUCUGAAAGGAGCUGUGGAGCCUGUGACUGGCUGGAGAAGGUUUAUGUGCCAAAGAGUGUUUACAUUUCUGGGCCGGAUGUAUUUCUUCGGGAUGGGCUUCAGGGUGGUGGUGAAGGGGAAGCAGGCCAGCAGUGUAGAAGCUCCCAUUCUAGCUGUGGCCCCCCACUCUUCUUUCUUUGAUGCUAUCGUCUGUAUUGAAGCUGGUCUGCCCUCUACAGUAUCCCGCUCAGAGUCCUUGGAAGCACCAAUCUUUGGAAGGUUUUUGCGCUGUGUGCAGCCAGUGCUUGUUUCACGCAAAGAUCCAGAUUCUCGUAGAAACACUAUCCUUGAGAUCACUAGGAGAGCACAAUCAGAAGGCCGCUGGCCACAGAUGAUAAUUUUUCCUGAAGGAACAUGUACAAACAGGUCAUGUCUCAUUACCUUUAAACAAGGUGCCUUUGUCCCAGGGGUCCCAGUGCAGCCUGUUCUUAUCAGAUACCCAAAUAAGCUGGACACGGUCACAUGGACAUGGCAAGGCCCAAAGUCGGCCAGACUGCUGCUGCUUACACUCUGUCAGCUCUACACAACAGUGGAAAUUGAGUUUCUACCCCCUCAUAUUCCUACCGAGACCGAGAAAAAGAGUCCUACCAAGUUUGCUCAGUCCGUGAGAGCUGUCAUGGCAGAGUCGCUGGGCUUGUUGGUCACAGACCACACUUAUGAAGAUUGUCGUCUCAUGAUUGCAGCUGGAGAAUUGACCCUGCCUAUGGAGGCAGGUCUUGUGGAGUUUACCAAGAUCAGCAGGAAAUUGGAAUUAAAAUGGGACAAUUUGAGGAAGGAGUUGCAGAGUUUUGCCAACAUAGCCUGUUCGUGCAAAGGUGGAAGGAUCACAAUUGAGGAGUUUGCCAGCUUCCUCAAACUGCCAAUCAGCCCAGCUUUGCAGGAGCUCUUCGCUCUGUUUGACAGGAAUGGGGAUGGCACUAUUGAUUUCAGAGAGUAUGUCAUUGGUGUAACUGUUUUGUGCCGACCAGCUAAUAAUGAGGAUGUAAUUCAGACUGCAUUUAAGCUGUUUGACAUUGAUGAAGACAACUGUAUCACACGUGAGGAGUUUAGCAGUUUGCUACGUUCUGCUCUUGGAGUGUGUGAUCUAGACGUCCACAGCCUCUUCACAGAGAUUGAUGCAGAUCAAUCAGGACAUAUAACUUAUGAUGAGUUCCGUUCAUUUGCUCUCACCCACCCCGAGUAUGCCAAACUUUUCACCACCUACAUCGAGCUACAGCGAUACCAGGCUUUUCAGGGAGAGGAGUCAGACUUUGACGCUGAUUUUUCUGAAUGCUGUAACGCUUCUCAUGAUGAUCACCAAGAGGACAGUCAGACUUCUGAUAAGAAAGAUGACUGACACAGCCAAAGAAUGUAAAGCAACAAAAUAUGAAGCAGAAAAAGAUACAGCCAUAAGCAUGAUAUUCUGUCUUGCCAUUUGAAGAGGUACCUUAGGCUUGGGUGGAUUUUGUUUUUGUACACAAGCAUACGCCCCUUCACACAGUUAAGCAAACUUGGUUUUCCCUGUAACCCUUUUUUUUUUUUUAAACGUUUUCAUGUUUUAUUUCAAGGCCUUCAGAUAAGUGUUUACAAACUGUGUUCACAAAAUAUGUGCUAUGAUAUUUCUUAUUCUGACACAAUACAUAAUCUCAUUUAAUUAUUCUAUACCCCUUGAUUUAUUUUUUUAUUUAUUUUCUUUCACAUAAAUCUUGUAGUCCCAAAUACAUUUUUCAUUCAUGUCAUUAUUUGAAGUAUGAUAUCAUAAAUAUAAUUUGCAUACCUGUAAUAGAGAAAGUGAUUUUCUGAUCUGGUACUUUGAACACAGGGCCCACAAUAAGGACAAAUGUCAAAACUUAAGGGUGUUUUUUGAAUAGUGGAUACUAUAGUGGAUUUUCAGAUAAGAUGAAAGUGAUUUCAAAAUAGAUUUUAUACAUAUACAGUAGUCUUUAUUUCUUUCUAUUCUCUGCUCAGGGACUGGGGUGCAGAAAUUGUAUCAAAGGUUUUGCUUUGCAUUUCCAUUGAGGGGAGAUGUUGCUGAGUUAGCCCCUGCUGCUUGUUCUGACUAAUAUUCUGUUGCAUCCACUGAAAAUAGGCCAAUUUGUGAGCAAACAGGCAACACAACACACCCACAACAGCAUGCACCUGAGGGCUUGGUUCCAAAUUAUCCCACUGCAGUUGUAUUUAUUUAGCAAUGCAGCUUGCAAUUAUGAUUUUUGUUAACACAGCAAAGUUAGCUUAUUUUGCAAUAAAAAAAU